UGUCACGUGUGUCCGUGCUCCCCUCCCCCUCCCGCUGAUGAUAGGGGCAGAAGAUGAGGGCACCAGCCGGUAACGUGCGCGGGAGUGUACCGGGCGCUCUCCUCCGUGUUACCUCCUGACAGGAGGACGCAGACUGAUGCAGCCGGUACCGCAGGGGCCCCCAGGUGCCCAGGAGGCCAUGGAUGACUGGGGCCCCGGCGCCCACAGGAAGCCCCCCGCAGCCCUGAAAAAGCGCAGCUGGUACCUGGCCUGGAAAUACAAGCUGAGCAACCAGAGGACCGUGCGGCGGAUGUGCCAGGCGGCCGCUGUUCUCUUCCUUCUUAUCACCGUCAUUGUCAAUAUCAAGCUGAUCCUGGACACUCGGCGAGCGGUGAAUGCGGAGGAGGUGGAGCGGGAUUAUGAUGACGGCGUGCAGAAUGUGGACUUCCCUCAUCGAGCCGCUGGUGGGAAAAGAGUUCUGGACAUAGAAGUUUUCUCCAGCCGCUCGAAGGUUUACAUUGCGGUGGAUGGGACGGCGGUCCUGGAGGAUGAAGCCCGGGAGCAGGGAAGAGGCAUCCAUGUCAUCGUCCUCAACCAGGCAACGGGCCACGUCAUGGCGAAGAGGGUGUUCGACACGUACUCCCCGCACGAGGACGAGGCCAUGGUUCUGUUCCUCAACAUGGUCGCCCGAGGUCGUGUUCUCAUCUUCACAGUCAAGGAUGAAGGCUCCUUCCAUCUCAAGGACACGGCCAAGAACUUGCUGAAGAGUCUGGGCAGCCAGAUAGCGCCAAACCUUGGUUGGAGGGACAUGUGGACCUUCGUGGUGAAGAAAGGAGGUCAGAUCUUUGGAGAAAAACACUCCAAGUCUCCAGCGCUGUCCACAUGGGGAGAUCCGGUCCUGCUGAAGACGGACGUGCAGCUGGUUCCUCCUGAAGAUGCAGAAUGUCACUGGCCGGACACGGAGCACAACCGCCGGCGGAGACGCUUCUGCAGCAAGGUGGAGGGGUACGGCAGCGUGUGCAGCUGCAAGGACCCCACUCCGAUUGAGUUUAACCCCAUGGCUCUCCGAGAAAACAAGGUCUUCAGUGUGCCCGUGGCGGUGAUCGCCGGGAACCGCCCCAAUUACCUGUACAGGAUGCUGCGGUCUCUUCUCUCAGCACAAGGUGUCAAUCCGCAGAUGAUCACAGUCUUCAUCGAUGGUUACUAUGAGGAGCCGAUGGACGUGGUGGACUUGUUUGGACUGAAGGGAAUCCAGCACACCCCGAUCAGCAUUAAGAACGCCCGCGUGGCACAGCAUUACAAAGCAAGUCUGACGGCCACCUUCAACCUGCACCCGGAGGCCAAGUUUGUCGUUGUCCUUGAAGAAGACUUGGACGUUUCUGUGGAUUUCUUCAGCUUCCUCAGUCAGACCAUCCACCUCCUGGAGGAGGACGACUCCCUGUAUUGCAUCUCUGCCUGGAACGAUCAGGGGUACGAGCAUACGGCAGAGGACCCGUCCCUCAUUUAUAGGGUGGAAACCAUGCCGGGUCUGGGCUGGGUGCUGCGGAAGAGCCUAUACAAGGAUGAACUGGAGCCAAAAUGGCCGACUCCAGAGAAGCUGUGGGACUGGGAUAUGUGGAUGCGGAUGCCGGAGCAGAGGAAGGGGCGCGAGUGCCUGAUCCCCGAUGUCUCCAGGUCCUAUCACUUCGGGAUCGUAGGGCUCAACAUGAACGGGUAUUUCCAUGAAGCUUAUUUUAAAAAACACAAGUUCAACACUGUUCCGAACGUGCAGCUGACGAAUGUGGAAAGCCUGAGGAAGGACGCCUACGAGGCAGAGGUGCAGCGGCUCCUCAGUCAGGCCGAGGUGCUGGAUCACUCCAAGGACCCUUGUGAGGACUCCUUCAUCCCAGACACAGAAGGGAAGACCUACGUCAUGUACAUCCGUAUGGAGCAGAAAGCAGAUUUCACCACCUGGUCUCAGCUGGCAAAGUGUCUUCACAUUUGGGACCUUGAUGUAAGAGGGAACCACAAGGGACUCUGGCGCCUUUUCCGAAAGAGGAACCAUUUUUUGGUGGUUGGAUUCCCAUCUUCUCCUUACUCGAGUAAGAAGCCCCCAUCCGUGACCCCGAUUUACCUGGAGCCUCCACCCAAAGAAGAUGCUGCUGGGGUUGACCAGUCCUGACGCUCGGCCAUCACCGUCUUCCAACAAGCCGUCCUGUUGCCUAUAUCUGACGCCGGUCUUGAGGAAAGUCCUGUGACAUUUGCACGUGGCGCCCCAGCGAGCGGUUCUGCUUGUAGCAUUUUCUACAUUGACUACUUGGGUUUAUCCACUGGAAGCCUCAGCGGAGAAUGACCGCGCCGCGAUCCCUGUCAUCAAGGGUGACUGGUUUGGACUGAAUCAGAGGAAAUUUCUAACCUCCUGUUUAAAGUUCUUUUUAUUUUUUUUGCUAUUUU